UGUAAAAUAGGAAAUACUAAAUGCAAGCGAGGACAAAAACCAGCCUGCCUUGAAAUGGAGAAUGGUAAAUACAGUCACACCUGUGUUCCUCUAAAUACCGAAUGUAACGCUCUUUGGAAAGGCAAAUGUGGCCGAGGUUCUUCGGUGACGUGCCCAGGUUCAGGAGGGUGUGACUGUAAGUGUGAAAAGCCGGCCUCGGAAUGCAGCAAAAGUUGCCUCAGAACACAAGAAGCUGGAUGUUUCAUGCAAGUCAACGAUGCCUGCAUGUGCGACUGUGUAGAGAGUGGAGAUGCCUGCGAUGCUGUCAAAAAGAAAUACCGGUGCCCCAGUGGUCAAACUCACAAAUGCAGGAGAGACGCCGGAUUAUGCAUAUGCAAAUGUGAGAGGAGUUCGUGUGAGGGGCACCUACCAACCUGCCCUGCUGACCAAAAACGCAGCUGCAUGACGAAAGGAGAAAAUACUUUGACGGCUUGUGUCAUGACAUCAAGGCAACUCUUCAUUGGCUACCUGCUUCUCAGCUUCCUCACUGCGAUGACCUCAGGAGUGUGGUGGAGCCCAUUCCGGCCAAAGCAUGAAGUUGAACCAUUAUGUGGAAAUACAUACUGUCCACUCGGAAACAAGCUUGCCUGCUUGGUACAGAAAGGACAGGUGUAUACAGAGUGCAUCUCCGACUGGGUGCUCUGCAGCACGUAUUGGAUGCGAAAAUGCUGGGCCUCCCGAACUUGGCCUCGAUGCCAGCUUACGAGAUAUGGAUGUGUGUGCCGCUGCUAGUGGCGAAUGCACCUUUUGCAUGAUGAACGUAGGAGAGAUGCCAUCCAAGAAAAAAAUAAAAAUAGCUUUUCGGUAAUUGGUGUCUGUGGACAGUGUUCUCGUGUGUGCAAGUAAAAUAUUUGGCGUUUCGCGCUGAAAUAAAGUUCAACGCUCGGUUAGCUGUCACUCUGACUCGGUGCACUGAGAAAUAUUUGUUGUUUAAUAAAGAAGUUUCAACAAUCGC